CUUCCAUAUGCAAGAAAGAUAACUCUGAUGAUUUUAUCAUAAACAAAAAAGACACCAUGGAACUGGAGAAAGCUCAAGCGUUGAAAAUUACCAACAAAAGUGCAGCGAUAGAUAUAUUAUACAAUAUUGUUAAAAGAAAUGUUGAAAUAAACAAUGAGAAUGAUAUUAAAACCAAAGAGCAGGCGAUAUUAGAUUUGGGAGCACUGUUAGCAGAGACAGGACAGGCUGAAGAACUAGCCGGUCUGAUAAAGUUUACACGUCCUUUCCUUGUUAUGGUCAGUAAAGCUAAGGCGGCCAAGCUGGUCAGGGGACUGGUAGACAUGUUUCUGGAUAUGGAAGCAUCAACAGGAAAAGAGGUUCAGCUUUGUCAGGAAUGUAUAGAUUGGGCUAAAGACGAAAAACGAACCUUCCUUAGACAGGCAUUAGAGGCCAGACUUAUUGCUUUAUAUCACGGAACACAACAGUUUACCGAGGCUCUUCAGUUAGCUUCUUCACUGUUGAGAGAGCUAAAGAAACUAGACGACAAGGCACUGUUGGUUGAAGUCCAGCUUUUAGAGAGUAGAAUAUAUCAUUCUCUGUCAAAUUUACCCAAAGCAAGGGCAGCCUUGACCUCUGGUAGAACAACAGCCAAUGGUAUUUAUUGUCCACCUAAACUGCAGGCAGCUCUAGACAUGCAAUCAGGUAUCCUACAUGCUGCUGAUGAGAGAGAUUUUAAGACGGCUUAUUCUUACUUCUACGAGGCCUUUGAGGGUUACGAUUCCAUAGACAGCCCCAAGGCUGUGACAGGACUCAAAUACAUGCUGAUGUGUAAAAUCAUGUUAAACACAGCAGAUGAGGUUCAAACAAUACUGAGUGGAAAACUAGCCUUAAAAUACCAAGGCCCUGAAGUGGAGGCCAUGAAAAGCAUAGCCCAGGCUAGUCACAAACGGUCUCUCGCCGAGUUCCAAAAGACAUUGGUGCAGUAUAAAGCCCAGCUAGCAGAGGAUCCAAUCGUGAACGCUCACCUGAAGACGCUCUAUGACAACUUACUGGAACAGAAUCUCUGUCGCAUCAUCGAGCCCUUCUCCAGAGUUCAGGUCCAACAUGUUGCAAAUUUGAUCAAACUGCCAAUAGACACAGUUGAGAAGAAAUUGUCCCAAAUGAUUUUGGAUAAAAAAUUUCAUGGUAUAUUGGAUCAAGGUGCAGGAGUACUUAUCGUGUUUGAUGAGACACCUGUGGAUAAGACUUAUGAGAACUCUCUGGAAACCAUACAGAACAUGGGCAAAGUUGUGGACGCCCUGUACCAUAAAGCUAAAAAACUGACCUAAGGAAAACAACAUGUGAAAGUCACUAUGAAAUGACAUACAUGUAAGGAUUAUUGCUUUCAAAGUGAAAGUAUGAUCUAGUUAUUAAUAUUGUGAAGAAAAAGUUGAAAAACUGAAACUUCCACAGUAAAACUUGAAAAAUCAAUUUUUCUGUGGGUUAAAUUAAUAUGAAACAGAAAAUAUGAGUCUGAAAAUAAUUACAUGUGAAUAUGAAUUCAUAAGGUUGGAAGUGAAUUCUAAAAAUAAUUAAACUGUUAAAAUCUAA